UUAUGAUCCAUUAUCGAGGAUUCCGCCUAAUGCACUUCCACUUCAGCGACAACGGCUUGAAGACUGAGGCCUACACUAUGACAAACACCAUGAUUAGGAACCAGCAGCUGCUUAGCUCAGCCACACAUCAGGAGGAAACCAUGCUUCGAAGUCUAGAUAGGCGGGAAAGUGAAACACAAAUGGACUAUCCUACAAGGCUUUUCGAGUUAGUGGCAGACUGGGAGAACGAAAUCGAAAGGCUUGGAGCGACCGCCUGGAGAGUGACACCUCUUAAUGAGCGCUGUGACACCUGUACCAGCCUCUCCAAGUACUUUGUGGUCCCCUGCAAGCUCUUGGACAACGACCUGAAGAAGACGUUUGCACAUUUCCAGCAGAGGCGGAUAGCUCGAUGGUCGUGGCAUCACCCGUGUGGAAGUGACCUGCUGAGAGCGGCUGGAUUUCAAUCCAACACCGACCCCGAUAAAGAGGACCUGAAGUCGAUGAGACUGCUGUUAUUUGCCAACCAUUCGCAGUGUGUGGUCAUCGACACCUCU